AUGGAAAAGUAUGUCAAUGGGUACUACUCAGUGAAGAAGUUACAUGCAGCUUAUGUAGGUGUGAUACCUAGCAUAACUGACAAGCAACAAUGGCCUGCAGUUGACAAGGGCUUCAAAAUAUUUCCACUAGUGGCCAAGAAAAAAACAGGACCUAGGAGACAAAGGAAGAAUAGGAUUCUCAGCUGUUUGGAGAGGACAGGGAAAGCAACACGGCAAGUGACAUGUAAGAGUUGUGGUGAGCUUGGCCACAGAACCACUAGCUGGAGGAAGAGGACCAAGAAGACAACCACUAAGUCUAGAAGGAAGAAGCAGAAACCUAGUGAGGAUGAACUAGCAAAGGAGGGAGAGGAAACAUCAGCUCCCACCACUAAGGCAGCAACAACAAAGACUACAAGGAAGAAGAAGAAAGCUGCUAACAAAGAAACAACUAAGGAGGGAGAGGUAGCAACAAAGAAACCUGCAAGGACACCAAGGACCAGAGCAGCAUUAGCAAGGGAGGCAGCAGCUAAGCAAGCACAUGAAGGAGCUACAGGCCAAGCUAUGCAAGGAUCAGUAGUGCAGGUGGAUCAAGCACCAGACAGCAAAAGGAGGCUGGACUUGGAUGAACCAGUGCCACUAGAGGUAGUACCAGUAGAUGAAGCUGCAGCAGUGCAACUAGCCAAAAAAAUGACCCCAAGGAAGAAACAGCUAGCUACUAAGGUGAAGAAGGCAACACCAACAAAGGCUGGCAACUAA